CCCUUAACGCCAGACUGUUUGUAUUCAGGAAGUGGUGAGUUUGGGGUCGAGUUGAGACGUGGGGCUGGUAUAGUGCUGUUAAAGUCAGUAGAGACACAUUGUGUAGAUCUGUAAAGAUGUCGGCCAGGAAUCCAGGCACGGUGCUGGACCUGAAAAGGAUCUGCAAAGUGAGAGUGAACCCACAGUCUGUUCUGAAGAGGGCUCAACAAAUCCAAGGACAGAAGACCCCCAAGAAACAGUGGCAGACGGCGUGGUUGCUGAAAGCUGUAACAUGUAUCGACCUGACAACUCUGGCUGGAGAUGAUACACCGUCCAAUGUCCACCGUCUCUCUAUGAAAGCCAUCCAGCCUGUCAGAUACGACCUACUCAAGAAGAUAGACAUGCACGACAAAGGAGUCACUACUGCAGCAGUGUGUGUGUACCCCUCUCGUGUCGCUGAUGCUGUCAAAUCACUAAAAGCAGCCAAUUCCAGCCUUCCUGUUGCCUCAGUGGCCACUGGCUUCCCAGCAGGCCAGACACCACUGGAGACCCGCCUGCAAGAAGUCCGCAUGGCGGUUGCUGAUGGUGCUGCUGAGAUCGACAUUGUCAUCAACAGGACACUAGCCCUCACAGGACAGUGGGAAGCCAUGUAUGAUGAGAUCCGUCAGUUUAGGGAGGCCUGUGGUGAUGCCCAUAUGAAGACCAUCCUGGCUAUUGGGGAGCUCGGCACAUUCACUAAUGUCUACAAGGCCAGCAUGGUGACCAUGAUGGCUGGUUCAGACUUCAUCAAGACGUCCACAGGAAAGGAGGCUGUCAAUGCUACUUACCCUGUUGCCAUAGUGAUGAUGAGAGCCAUCCGUGACUACUUCCUGUAUACAGGCUACAAGGUGGGCUUCAAGCCGGCAGGGGGGAUCCGGACGGCUCAGGAGAGUCUGGUGUGGCUCAGUCUGGUCAAAGAGGAGCUUGGCAAUGAUUGGCUCUGCCCUCACCUGUUCCGCCUGGGAGCUAGUAGCCUGUUGGCUGACAUCGAGCGGCAGAUCUACCAUCAGGUGACUGGACAGUAUGCAGCCUAUCACGAAAUGCCAAUGGCCUGAAGUUAUGGACAUCCUGUUUUACAACUCAGAACCUCAGAUUCACUGCAGUCAGUGAAGUGUGUGCUUUCUUAGGCAGGACUCUGACAUCUCUUCUGUCGACUUUGUCACAGCGUUUACAGACAUGAUAAAUCCGUAAAUUGUUGUGUUUGUCAGUGUUCUGAGGAAUAACUAAGAAAUUACAGUUGAAAAAAAGUUUUGUCCUUUGUUCACCUUUAACUGUGGCCCUUUACAAAAUAAAGAUAGGAAAGGAG